AUGUCAUUGUAUUUAUAGAUCAAUGAAGUUCACAUAUUUUUUUUUGUCAAGUGAAAAAAAGAAAUCUUAUUUUAUAUUUGGAUGAGAAACAAGUUUUAGCAAAAGAAAAACAAAAUUGAAAAACUCUUUUCAGGAACUCAAAAAAAAAAAAAAAAGAUUUAAAUACGCACCCAGUGUAAGAUGAGAAAUAAACUCAUUUAAAAUGGUAUGAGAAAAAUCCAAAACGAUACAAUCUAGUUCCCCCGUCUCUUUAUCUCUCUCACUUCUUCUCCGCCGACAUCUCAACCGUUCGCCGGAGUGUUGCGGCGGCGCCCCCACCAACAUCUAAAAAACAAAUCAAGUCCGUUAACUUUCCUUCUACUUCUGUUAACUAACGGCCAAUUCGCCGCCGUUAAUUAACCGUUUACCGUUGAUUUGGAUUGAUCAAUAAAAGGAAUUCAAGAUGAUUGGAUCUUUUAUCACCAGAGGGCUUGUGAUGGUUUUUGGUUAUGCUUAUCCAGCCUAUGAAUGCUUCAAAACUGUGGAAAUGAACAAACCUGAUAUUCAGCAGCUCCGCUUUUGGUGCCAAUAUUGGAUCUUAAUUGCUAUGUUGACGGUUUGUGAGAGGUUCGGUGAUGCUUUUAUUUCAUGGGUUCCAAUGUACAGUGAAGCUAAGCUGGCAUUCGUCAUUUACUUGUGGUGCCCCAAAACGAAGGGAACUACAUAUGUGUAUGAUGCCUUUUUUAGACCCGUGGUUUUAAAGCAUGAACCUGAGAUUGAUAAAAAUAUAUUGGAGUUGAGGACCAGAGCAGGAGAUAUGUUAUUUUUGUACUGGCAGAAAGCUGCUAGCUAUGGUCAGACGAGGGUUUUUGACAUUUUGCAGUAUAUUGCUUCGCAGUCAAAUCCACCUCCCCCCACUCAGCCACUAAGGCAAAGCAGCAGAGGUCGUCAAUCCACAGCAACACUAAAUCGUAGAUCAUCCGCUGGAGCAACACAAGUACCAGCUGAGGAACAAGCAUCCCUUGCUUCUGAUGAAUCCUCAAAUGGGGAGGAAACAGAUACAUCAGCAGAUGCGGGAUCCUCCAAAGCUCCUCCCCCGGCUUCCACUGCAGCUGCAAACGCACAAAAAGCAACUCCAUCCAAAUCCAUGGUUUCGACUGUAGCUUCUACUCUGAACACACAGAAAGCAUCUCCAUCCAAAGCCCUUGCUGAAACCACCAAAUCUUCGACAUCUGUUGAAACUCGAGUAAUGCAGAUCGAUUCUGCGCCUUUGUCAGCUAAUGAAAGUGGUAACCCUCCUGCCGAGACGGCCUUGGAGGAAGCAGUAAGAGUAACACGCGCCAGAUCAAGGAAGACAAGGGCUGGAAGCAACCCAUGAAUUUGUCACAUCAAGUACUUCUUCUGCAUGUUAGUUUGAAUGUGGUUUAUUAUACAACGUCAGAAAAAGGAUUCAUUCUAGGCUAGUGAGUCCAGUGUAAAUCUGGCAUAUCUUAGUUCAUUCAUUACUUAAGUUGUCCAUGGUUUUUGAGCAUGGCUUGAAAAAUACAAAGGGUCGAGUGGGUAAGACUGCUAGAUGAAAUUACCAUUCAUUAUCGAAUGUCCAAAUUAAAGUACUUGUGUUUGCACUCAGCGACUUGAGGAUGAUCAGUUAUCUUCGAGGAUCACUGUACAUAUGUAUAACAUCUGGCUCUUGGAGUGGCUUGUCAUUGUACUGAGUGGUAAUUGAUAUGGGACUGAGUUUCUGUAAUUGUAUCUUUAUCUUUACCCUCA